CUUCGAAAAAAGUUGCUUUUUAAUUCUCUCCAUUUUUCCGUCUGUUUAUGGAUGAGAAAGAGAAAGCAGCUUUCGUUUGCAGUGGGCAUCUUAAAUAAGCAACGUUUAUUGGCGGUGGCUCGAUACACACGGACGUCGCGAUCGCCACGAAGCCCAGCAAAAUCGGAAUCUACUUCCAAACCAUCUUUUGAAACAAACCCAAAACCCAAAGUAAAAACCCCAGAUGACAAAUUUAAUAGCCAUUUACGAGCCCCCACACGAUUAAUCCUGCGCCUCCAAUCGCCAUAACCAAUACUGCAUACAAGCAGUUACUCCCACCGCCUUUGGUCCAUUCCUUUUCCUUUCCCACCUAACCUUUCUUCAUGAACUCUUUUACAUUUAAUUAUUCCACCUAUUUAUUUCGUCAUAUUUGUCAUCUAUCCUUUGCCCCUUCUCAUUUGAUCGCCAUUCAGUCGUGUUCUACUUGCCUUCGUCUUCACAGAAGCAUUCCUAAGCUCUGUUUUCCACGUUCUCGACUGUUUUCAGUAUCAAGUUCUUCUACCUUCAUGGAGGUGGUCAAAUCAGCUGCCAACCACGGGUCAACUUGCCAUGAGAAUGUCGCUAUCAGAGCUAACAUGAAAAGUCAUAGUUACAUGCAACUAAUCUCAUCUGCACUAAAGAUAUCUGAUCUAUUCACUAGCUGUGAUCUGCGUACGGGACAUGGGCAUCUUGAUGGAGCUAAAAUUGGAAUCAUAGCAAAACCCUCGGCUGAAUUUCUUGCUGGAUUGCUGGGAACUUGGUUUAGUGGUGGUGUAGCUGUUCCACUUGCACUCAACUAUCCAGAGCCCGAGCUCUUACACGUCUUGAAUGAUUCGGAGGUCUCGAUGAUACUGAGUACUGAAGAUCAUGCUGAAAUUAUGCAAAGUGUUGCUGCUAAAACAGCUGCAAAGUUUUCUCUUAUUCCACCAGUUCCUCAUAUUUAUUCAGAAAUAAAUUCUCGUGAUCAAUCAACUGAUAUAGAAAUGGAUGCACAAAGAGUUUUUCAGGGAACAGUUGAGAAUUCGAGUGAUGAUCCUGCCUUGGUGAUUUAUACGAGUGGUACAACUGGUAAACCAAAAGGAGUCGUUCACACACAUAAAAGCAUCACUUCACAGGUUCAGACCUUGUCAAAAGCUUGGGAAUAUACAUCAGCUGACCAACUUCUGCAUUGUCUUCCCCUGCAUCAUGUUCAUGGGCUGUUCAAUGGCUUGUUGGCCCCUAUCUACGCAGGUUCCACGGUGGAGUUUAUGCCAAAAUUUAGUGUCAGUGGUAUAUGGAAAAGGUGGCGGGAAUCAUAUCCAUCGAACGGUUCUAAGAAUGAUGAUGCUAUAACUAUUUUUACCGGGGUUCCAACCAUGUAUGCUCGAUUAUUACAAGGUUACGAAGCAAUGGAACCGGACCUACAGGUUGCUUCUGCCAAUGCUGCAAGACAGUUGCGCCUUAUGAUGUGUGGCUCUUCUGCACUCCCUCCUCCUAUCAUGAAACAAUGGAAGGCGGUAACUGGACACCAACUUUUGGAACGGUACGGUAUGACUGAAUUUGUCAUGGCAAUUUCAAAUCCUUUAAAUGGUGAGAGAAAGAUUGGAACUGUUGGCAAACCCUUGCCUGGUGUGGAGGCCAAGAUUGUUUCAGAUGAUGGGAGCAAUAAUGACACAAACUUGGAGGGCGAGCUAUGUAUUAGAAGUCCUUCAAUGUUUAAAGAAUAUUGGAAGCUUCCCAAGGUUACCAAGGAAUCAUUCAUUGAUGGUGGAUUCUUCAAAACAGGAGAUGCUGCUAGACUUGAUGAAGAUGGUUACUACACCAUACUAGGACGUAUGAGUGCCGAUAUCAUGAAAGUCGGGGGAUAUAAGUUAUCGGCAUUAGAGAUCGAAUCAGUGAUUUUGCAGCAUCCGUCUGUCAUAGAAUGUUGUGUGUUGGGAUUACCAGACAAAGACUAUGGAGAACGUGUGUGUGCAAUUAUUGUGCUUCACCCUAACUCUAAAGCAACGCCGCCUGAUCAAUCCAAGCCUAAUAUGAGCUUAGAUGAUCUCCGCACAUGGGCUAAAGACAAGCUUGCUCCAUACAAGAUACCGACCGUGUUAUUGUUGAAGGACUCGCUGCCUCGGAACGCCAUGGGAAAGGUGAACAAGAAAGAGUUGAAGAAAAAGCUGGCAGAAGAACACCAACCAUUUUGUUAGUAUUUCAUUAUUUGAGAACUUGUAAUCUCUACUGUUCAUAAUUUAUUAGCUUCGUUUAUGUUAUACCGAAAGAUCAUACGAAAAAUGUUAUUGAAACGGGUCGAACUCGGAGAAAUGAGGAAUUUCGUCGCAGUAGGAUCAAUCUAAAUCUCAAAUGCAAGCUUAGGAUUAUAUAUCAAAUAUGAUUAUGCCCC